AUGGAAACGAUACAUGAAUUCAAGUUUAUAAAUAAAAGCUCUGGCGGAGUAGAAGAAAAACAACAGGCAAGACUUGCUAGAGUCUUAGACGCGGCGGCGACUGACCAUUGGGGACAAGACAGAAGAGGGUACAUGCAAUGCAAUUCAAUGCAUGACCAGGCAUGCACCGACAAGAACGUGGAAAAUCUCCAUAUUCAAGCUAGGGGAGAUGGCGGCGACGCCUACAUCGUUGACAUGAAACUUUUCGAGCUCACUCGCUCCGCUAUAGCUUGUAGAAGCUUUGCCGUUAUCACCAGAGGACUGAAGAGCUUCAGAGUCCUUGGCGCCAAUUAUGAGAGGACAAAAAGCGAUGUCCAUUCUGUAGAAGAAUUUGUGGCUACACUUCAGCAAAUUCACUCAACAACAAAGCAGCGACUUGAGGAUGCCAAUGUGAAAUACAAGCAAGUGGCUGAUGUGAAGCACCGCCAUGUUGAAUUUGAGGUAGGUGACUUUGUUUGGGCUAUCUUGACUAAAGAUCAUUUUCCAGCUAGGGAAUACAACAAGUUGGCUGCAAGAAAGAUUAGUCCAGUGGAGAUUGUGGCUAAGAUUAAUCCAAAUGCUUACCGUCUCAAGCUUCCUAGUCAUAUACGUAAUGCCGAUGUGUUCAAUGUCAAACAUCUCUGUCCUUACCAUGGUGAUAGUUCUGAUGAGGAAGAGUUGAAUUCAGGGAUGAAUUCUUCUCAACUCGUGGAGGAUGAUGCAACACGCAUCGCUCAUAAUUUUCUAUUUUAG